UGGAUGAUCAUUGUUAUUCAUCCUGUCAGCGGUUGAAGGUCUUUGCCAAUGGGGGUUCUCGCUUUAUAUCGAAUCCUUUGUUUGGCCGCUUUGAGCAGCGGACAGGACCAGCAAAAGUGCUUGCCUGGUGGUGUGCCCGUUGCAAACCGUAAAUACAUCCAGAAUGAUGAGGGAUCGGACAUCUCCAUCGGUCUCUUAGAGGGUGCAUGGCCCUCUGCGGAGUUGUUAAGCGAGCUGCUGCGGAUCUUGAUUGGAGAAGCCUUGGGAUAUCACGUGCACAUCCACGAAAAGUUGGGUGCCAAUGGCGCAUCUCCAAUCUUCGCCCUAGCUGGCUGUAUCAACUUUGAUGCUCCUGCCAACGCCCCUCUCUUCGAAGAGAAGAGGUGUGGGAUCAAUGAGACCAAGAUCCACGUCUCCAUCGACAGUUGGCUGGGCAGCUUCCCAGCCGCCUACGAGGCAAUGAAGAGCAGCUUCCCGGAGAUUGCUCCCGUCGAUUUGGGGCCCAUUGGCUACGAGGGUGAAGAGUCCAUCUAUGUCAGCCAAACAGUGUUGAACGCAGCUUAUGAGCAUUCCGGGAUUGCACUGGAAUACUACAAGAGCUACAACGUAUCACACAACAAUGUGAAGCAAUACUUUGAUUCCUUGGGCGAUGUAUCGAAGAAUGAGCUGAAGCUGUGCAACACCACCGACUUCAACAAUCCACAGAGGAUUGGGAACUAUCUCCUCUAUACAGGUGACUAUGAUGGAGUCGAAGUGCAGCCGGAUGGCAGCUACUUUGCCAAGUGCUUUGAUGGCUACUGGUGGGCUGCGCCCGCCUGCCGACAGAACACCACAGAAUGCUUGCCAGUGAUCUCAGCCGGAAACGGCUGGAGGUUGCAAGCGAUCAUGCAUUGGGUCUCCGUGUACGGCUUUCCGGCAGCUGUGGGGAUCUCAGAUCAAUGGAGCGAUUUUGUGAAGCAUGUGGAGAACACCCGUGCCUUGCACUAUUGGUGGGUUCCGGACUCCACCUUCAUUGAGAUGCAGCCCCAUCAGCUGACCUUUCCUCGCCACAGCCGCUCCGAAUGGCUGCGGGGAGACAAGAAGUCGGGCGCUGCAGGCACCUACAUCGCCAACAUGGUGAGCAGUAAUUUGGUCUCCAAGGCUUCCAAGGUCUCCGAGUUCGUGGGCAACAUCAACUUUGAGCUCCAGGAGGUUCAAGAUUUGCUCUUGGAGUUUCGUCGCACGGGCAACAAGUUCGAGGUCGCAUGCCGAUGGAUCAACCAGCUACAAGAGCGUUGGAAGAGCUGGGUUCCCGUUGAGACCAACUGCAUGCCCGGCUUUGGCAUGGUAGCUGUGAACGGAUCGUUCGUGCAGCGCCGCGACGAUGCGGUGUCGUGCUACGUGUGUCCCGCGGGCACCUCCUCCCAAGAGUUUCGGGACGACGACGGCCAGAGCUAUCGCUGCGCCGCAUGCGAACCCGGCCGUAGCCAGGCAAACACCUACAAAACCCAGUGCGAACCGUGUCCCAGAGGCACGAUGAGCGACGUGUGGGGCAGCACAGGCUGCCAACCCUGCCAGCAAGGCUUCUACCAAGACUCUUUGGCCUCCACCUCCUGCACGCCUUGCGAUGCCGGGCGCACGACCAAGAUCCUGGGCGCCGUCGGCCAGGAGUAUUGCGUGUGCCAGGUGGGAUCCAUUGAAGUGAACGGUCAAUGCAUGCCUUGCGGCACGGGCAUUGCAUGUCCGCUGGGGAGCACUCUGAAGGAGCUCGCAACAAACAAAGAGUCGAACCCCGAACUGCCUCACGUGGAGUUCGGCUUCAAGAGCGAGGCGGCGUCGCCGUUGGGCACCUUCCGCUGCCGUGGGUCCGCCUGUCCCGGCGGCGCGCCGGGCAGCUGCUCCGGUGGCCGAGAAGGUUUCACCUGUGGUGAAUGCCCCGCCCAGACGUACCUCCUCGAGGAGCAAUGCACAUCCUGCAACAACUCACUUGCACCGAUCUUUGCUGUCGGUGUGAUGCUCUUUGUGGUGGGCUGCGUGGUGGCCUAUUACGCGUCAAACUCCAAGUACGAACCAAGGGCGACGGUGAUCUUUUGCUGCAUCGGUGCCAUGAGCAUCGCGGUCGCAUUGAUGCAGAACAUUGGAGUCUUGGGCACCAUCCCCCUCCGCUGGCCAGAGUCCACCACGGGCAUCCUCAAUGUGGGCGCCAUCUUCCUCUUGGACCUCGACGGCAUCGGGCUGAACUGCCUGGCGGCAGGCAGCAGCGGCGGCUACGUGAUGACGGUCGUGCUCUUUGCCGUGGCGAUUUGUGUGGUGCCGCUGCUCGGGGUGGUGAGCAAUUGCAUCCCGUGGCUGAAGCGCCGGAAGCUGAAUUGGAAGAAGCCCAAGGUCUUGAGCAUGACGGGGAACUUCAUGCUGAUGUCCUUCACGACUUUGGCCAGUGUCGGCUUGAUCCCUUUCAUGUGCUAUGAACACCCCACUGGCGACUUUUCUGUGCUCAAGCACCCGAACAUCCUUUGUGGCAGCGGCGAGCACCAAUCAAUGCAGGUCGUGGGUGCUUUGGUCAUGACGGUGGCCACCCUCUUCUGUGCCUAUUGCUUCUGGGGCGCCUUGGUUGCUCCAACAUAUUCCGGAAGAGACCGGCUGAUGACCUUCUACUUUCUCAUCAAUCGCUUCAGGCCAGACGUGUGGUGGUUUGGCUUGAUGCUUCUGAUCCGGUCUGCCUUCGUCAGCUUGCCGGCAGUCAUUGCUGCCAACGAGCCGGGCUUGCUGGUGAUGUUGAUGCUCUGCGUGCAGCAGAUCUAUUUCAGCCUUCUGCUGUGGUUUUUGCCAUGGAAAGCUCCGGUGCUGAACUUGGCGGAUGGCUUCAUCAGUGGCCUGCUGGUGGUCUUGUUGGCCUCCUGCCUUGAGGACGUGGAACGUGACCCCAGCCUGUCCAGCACCAUUCGGACCGUCGUGGCGUUUGGCAUCAUCGGGUGUCUGCUGCUCCUCUUCUUCGUGUUGGGCGUGCUCUUGCUCAUUGACAAGGGCUGUGGCCGUCGCCAACAUGACUCGGUGGUGCUGCACUUGCAAAGCGUGCCGAAGCCGCGUGAGCUCUUCACGGACUUCCAGAAGAUCGCCCGGUGGAUGCUUCAGGAUGCCGACGAGUGUGCCUUUGAGUCCGUGGUGUCGGAGCUGUCGCGCUACGAUGUGUCGCAGAUCCAGAGCUCCUUGCACUUGCUCUCCCGCGAGUUUGAGGUGGAGAUCGGCCGUGCCAGUCGCAUUCGGAUCACCAAUGCGUCCAUCAGCAAGGACCACCGCAGGACCAAUGCGAGCGCCCAGGAAGCGCAGGAAGCGAGCACAAAAGACUCAGUGAUGGAGCCAAAGGAGACCAACCAGGACUCGAUGAAUGAUCAGCCUACUUCCCCUGCUCUGCCUGAUGGGGAGACUGCGAGUGUGCACUCGGAUCCUCCCGAAGGGACUGGUCUUGUGUCACUCGAGUGCUGACCCCCAGUAGUGGUAGUGACCGUGGUGAUGAAGUGACGUCUUUUCGGG